UACUGCAGGGCGGGCGGGGAGUGGCCGCGGGCGGAGUCGGGGGCUGGGGCGUUGCUGUUGGGGUCCCAGCGGGUCCCGCUGCCCCUCACGCAGCGCAGAGCACAUGGCUUGGGCUCAGAGUGUUUUCAGCGCCCUGCGCAGAUCGCUGUCAAAGGAAGUGAAGAAAAAGGUGGGCACAGACCGGUUCGGGAACAAAUACUACUAUAUCCCGGAGUACAAGAACUGGAGAGGACAAACUAUUCGAGAGAAAAGAAUUGUAGAAGCAGCAAAUGAAAGAGAAGUAGACUAUGAAGUAGGGGAUAUCCCAACAGAAUGGGAAGCUUGGAUUAGAAGAACAAGAAAGACUCCACCUACUAUGGAGGAAAUACUAAAAAAUGAAAAAUAUAGAGAAGAAAUUAAAACAAAAAGUGAAGAUUAUGAAAAAGAAAAACUCCUUAGUAAAGAAUGCAAUGAAGGACACCCGGCUCCACCACUUCAAACCCAGAUUAAAGGGCAUGCCUCUGCUCCACACUUCGGAAAGGAAGAACCCUCAGCGGCUCCAACCAGCACUGGUAAAACCUUUCAACCAGGAUCCUGGAUGCCACAAGAUGGCAAGAGAGACAAUCAAUAAAUGCACUGUGAUAGAAUAAUUUAUGUGACUGUUUAACAAAUAAAAAUAAAAAGUUACUUUGUAUUUUCUGAUAAUAGUUCACUAUUCCAUUAAGCUUAAGGAUCUUUUUGUAUGCCAAAGAAAUAUGAAGUAUGAACUAUAUAAUUUACUUGUUUUUCCCUCCUUGGAUUGCUCCCUAGAUUUGCAUCAUGCAGCUGUACAUGCUCAGUAUUUUGGAAUCCUUAGGAACCAUCCAAGAUAUAUCUUGGUAGGAAGGAGAAAAGAAAAUAUUGAGUUGUCCUAAAUGAUCAAAUAUAAAAGAAAAAAUGAGAAUAUUAUUUCUGGAGAGGCACUCUAUAAUACUAUAAAGAGCUAAUCAAAAACAAGAACUUGGAUAGAACAUGUGGAGGCCAAGAAAAUGUAGCUGACAAAUGAAAAAAAACAUGAAGACCUUGAGUAGAUGGGACGAAAGCUAGCUUAUGGUGUGACUGGGGUUUGAAGAUAGGAAUUAGGACCAACAAAAAUAGACAAUCCAUCACAAAAGCCUGAAAGGACAGUAAACAGAAAUGGUACAAUAAUUGGAGUUCUGUAAGAUUAAAAAUUAUUUUGAGAAAAUGGAAAACAGGAAGGCUCUCAGAAAGCAAUUCCACUGAUACUGGGGUUCCAGUGGCUUGUAUAUU